AUGGAUAUGUCGUGGGAUAUGUAUGUUAGCAUCUGCGGGUUGGUUAACGAGGUUCAUUGUCGAACUCUUUUGGCCGUCGUUAUGUUCUUCGUGGUCGUCGUGGAAAGAAGAGUCGGACGUGGUGGUGGUGCUAUUUGCAGCCCCCUUCUUGUUUUAUGCAGUGAUGGUGGUGAGCAGUGA